AUGUCAGCUGAUGAGCUGCGAAGUCGGCUUUAUCACAGUUUACGAAAUAGAGGAAUGGUGAACACAAUAAAGUCACAAUUAAGAAACAGUCUGGUAACAGAGCUGCAACAAUCAUUAAAAGGAAGACUGACGUUACAGGAUUUAAAAACACCAGAAGAAGGUUCACUGCUUCAUCGAGCAGCCAAUAGUCUUAUAGUUGAUCAUCUACGUAGCUAUGGCUAUGACUACACCAAUAGUGUUUUUCUACCAGAGAGUGGACUCUCACAGGAUAAGGUAUUUAGUAAAGAAGAUUUUCUACAGUUAUUACAUAUCAGUCCUCAAUCUAGACUUUAUAAACAGCUGGUAAUAUUUAAGACAAACACACGUUUCAAAGGAAGGUUUUUAUGGAAGUUUUUAUCUGAGAUGUCUGCUAUUCAUGCCAGCGCCACUCAAGAAUUUGGUGUUCAGACUGAUCUUAUUAAAGUUGGUCCUAUAUCAUCAUUAGAUGAGAAACUACAAGUGUUAGAUCAGUUAUAUUCUAGUAAAAGAGAUGAUAUGUAUAAAUCUACCUCCAUGUUGACAGAGGAAAGGAUUCUUAACUUCCAGAAACAAAUGGAAGAACGAUAUCAAUCACAGUUAAAACAAGAGAUUCGUAGAAUGAGAGAAAAUGAGUUAACUAAGUUAAAAAUAGAAGAAAGAGAAAAAUGUCGUAAAGAGUUAGAUCAGCUACGACGUGAUAUGGAGAGAGAUUAUCAAACCCGCUAUGAUUCACUAUUAGUUAGAGAGAGAAACGCUACAGAGAGAUUACAUAGAGAACAAGAGAUUCGAGAUAAAGAGAUGCACUCACAACGUCAAACUUUACAAGAAGAAAUAAGUUGUAUACAUCAGAGGGAGGCUGAGGUCAAACGGGAAGCUGAGGUCAACCAAAGGUCAAAAAGAUUACAAGACCAGCGGAUAAAAGACAAAAUGGAGGAUUUGAAACAUCGAGAACUAGAAAUCAAAAGACAAGAAUUAGAAUUUCAACAACGGUUAGAGAAUGAAAUGGCCAAG